GAUACGAAGCCCAUCCAUCUCUCCCCUUUGCCCCAAGCCUUCCAUCAGCUAAAUAAUGCUCCAUUCGCUAGUUUUCCAGAAGAGCAGAGAAACAGAGUGAGAGGGAAGGCCGUAACUAUGGAAUCGUUGGCUCUGAGGAGUUCGGUCGCGAGGAGCCCGCUUUUGGAGUUGAGGAGGCCCGUGCGGGCGGAUCUCCGGCUGCGGAGGGUGGGGCUGAGGGUGGCGGCGUCGACGGCUGCCGGAGAGGAGGGGGCUCCGGAGCCGGACCUCAGUGUCCGGGUGAACGGGCUGGAGAUGCCCAACCCCUUCGUGAUCGCGUCGGGGCCGCCGGGGACCAACUACACCGUUAUGAAGCGGGCUUUCGAUGAGGGAUGGGGUGCCGUCAUCUCCAAAACCGUGUCUCUGGAUGCUGCUAAAGUUGUGAAUGUGACUCCUCGUUAUGCUCGGCUUCGAGCAGGAUCAAAUGGUUCAGUCAAGGGGCCAAUUAUUGGGUGGGAGAAUAUUGAACUUAUCAGUGACCGGCCACUUGAAACUAUGUUAAAUGAGUUUAAGCAACUUAAAGAAGAGUAUCCAGACAGAAUACUCAUUGCUUCAAUUAUGGAGGAAUACAACAAAGCUGCUUGGCAAGAACUUAUUGAGCAAGUUGAGGCAACUGGAGUGGAUGCCCUCGAGAUCAACUUCUCAUGUCCUCAUGGCAUGCCAGAGCGAAAGAUGGGUGCUGCAGUGGGGCAAGAUUGUGCACUUUUGGAAGAGGUAUGUGGAUGGAUAAAUGAGAAAGCCACUGUACCUGUUUGGGCAAAGAUGACUCCUAACAUAACAGAUAUUGCUCAGCCUGCUCGGGUGGCUCUGAAAUCAGGAUGUGAGGGGGUGUCCGCAAUAAACACAAUCAUGAGUGUGAUGGGGAUUGAUCUCAACACUUUACACCCCGAACCCUGUGUUGAAGGGUACUCCACACCGGGUGGAUAUUCUGCAAGGGCAGUCCAUCCUAUUGCACUUGGAAAAGUGAUGCAGAUUGCAAAAAUGAUGAAAGAAGAAUUAGGCGACAAAGACUAUUCACUUUCUGGAAUUGGAGGGGUUGAGACGGGUGGUGAUGCUGCAGAGUUUAUUCUUCUCGGUGCAAAUACUGUUCAGGUAUGCACAGGUGUAAUGAUGCAUGGUUAUGGCCUCGUGAAGAAACUAUGUACUGAUCUGAAGAAUUUCAUGAGAAAACACAACUUCACUUCAAUAGAAGAUUUUCGAGGUGUCUCCCUUCAGUAUUUUACGACGCAUACCGAUUUAGUGCAGCGGCAACAAGAGGCAAUCAGACAGAGGAAGGCUGUUAAGAAGGGUUUGCAGUCAGACAAAGAUUGGACAGGUGAUGGCUUUGUUAAAGAGACUGAAAGCAUGGUGUCCAACUGAUGUAGAGUUGUUGGGAAUCAUCUCAUCUUUAUGGGGGAAUCCCACGUACAAUUUCACCCAACUGGUGGAAAUAAAAACUUGAUGAACAAAAAGAUGAAUAAUAGUCUUUAUCCUUCUUUCUUUUUGGAAAAGAAAAGAUGAUUUAUAGGUUUUUUUCUUC